AUGAUACAUCGUCUUCUAUUCUUGGUAGUUUCUCUAGUUUUCUCGACUGUUUCAUCAGAAAGAAUACACAUUUUCGUCGACAUUAACUACAAUAUAACAGUGUCCAAAGGAUAUCGCAUUUAUUUUCUUUCAAAUGGAACUGAAAGUGACUUGAGAGCCUGUUCUGUGAGAGCAGAAAAGAGUCAAAUUGAUACAAAGCAGGUUGCGUGCACGCCACAGCCAUUUCAACAUCCGUUUUCAGUGCAUUCGCGUACACAGUUCUCCAGGCCGACGGUUCUGUGAAUCCUCUUCUGAUCACGGCGGACGACGACGUUUUGAAAAUCGCGAAGCCAGAAGGAAACGCAGCUCAAAUCAAUCUGUACUUUAACAAAAUCAACACGCCAAACUUGAACGUAUUUCCAAUAUUCGAGACAAGUUCAGUUCAAUUCAAGAGCGGACUAAAUGUGUUUUUCGCUAUCGACAAGCCGUCCAACAAGAUUCUGACUGUCAAAAAUCUGAAUCUAGUUCGAGAAAACACGAAUCUUUCUGCUUACACAGGAGUUCCCGGAGACGCGAAUACGUAUCUGUUCUUCGACAGUUCCGUGUAUCCAAAGUGAGACUCAGGCGGUGUAUUUCAUUCGAUUUCAAUUCCCUCAGAACCAAACAUUACCGUCAACUGGACAUUCCUCUCUAUGACUUCUUCUUUGACCAAAUCGAUUCUGGAGUCACUUAUGAAGUUUCAUUCUCUGCUGGUUCGUUGUCUAUCCUAAAUAAUUUCUGAUUUUUCUAUCACAAUCAGAAAGCACAAAUCUGGAAGAGUCUGGCCUCAUAAUGACCGAAUCGUUUCCGCUCAGCCAGUACGCAGGAGACAUUCUUCGAAAAGUGAAAUCCAAUGGAGGAGGGUAUACCUCAUUGCAAAUUCAGGUUUUCAAAUGAAGAACAAAGAUGUAUGCGAAAAACUUCAAUUUCAGACAUAUUUUUACGGAGCGAUUUCUUACAACACUGAUCUGAUAGUGUACUUUGAGAACGGACUGAAACAGAGCGCCUCGUGAGUGAUCAACACUAUCCUCUGAACAAUUUUUCGUGUUUCUCAGGUUUUCAUCGGGAAGCGGAGGGCGGUUCAAUGCGGAAGGAUUCAUAACUUAUCUUGAGAUAAACUUCGGAGGAGCCUACGCAUUUCAGUAUUACUUGAAUGAGAGUUCCACAAUUCCAACAUCGACGACUGCGACAUACUUGGAGACAACGACAAAUUCAUCGAACUUCACUAAUCUUUAUUUGUUAUUGAUUGUUCUCUUUCUUGUUUUCACGAAAUAA